AUAACUUUUCAAAGUUAUUUAAUUAUUCCCUUUUUUGAAAUAGGUCCUCAUUGGCGGGCUGUGAAGGAAUCGUUAACUUGUAUAUGUCAACCAACUCCAAAGAGAAACCUUUCAAGUCAAUGCAAGACCAGCCAGUUGAACAAGUAGAUGGUGUAGCGAGUGAGGAAACGAUGACGGUAGAACAGUACCUACUGGAAAAGUGUUCGGAAAGUGUGAGAGAGUUACAACAGUGUGCAGAAAAACUCAACCAAGAACUUCUAGUCGAUGCCGAAAGUUGUAAAAAGAAAAUACGUGAAAUAGUAGAACAAAUAUAGAGAUAACAAAGAUAGCUUUAUGAAGGACAGAAACAGAUACCCCGUUUUCUGGUUGCAGAGUCAUCAAGUGGGAUCGAAUAAAUAGAAGUUCUUGAUACUGCACUUAUUUUGAUAGGGGAAAGCAGAAUCUGAGUUUUCUUU